UGCUGCCAUAGCAUGUAGCUAUCAAUAAGUUGUCAAAGCUUUUCACUUAGAAAUGCUCCUAAAGUCGUUUGUAUAACAGUGACAGUGCAUCGUAGGGUGAUUUGGAAAAGAAGAGUCUCAACAUGUAUACACAAGGCAUUUUGGAGGUAUUCACUAAUAGCUUACCUACCCCUGAGUCUUGAUGCUAAACCAACUAUCAUAUUCAGCUAACAUUAGUUUACAGUUCAAAACCGCAUACAAAACGUUGCGUUAUUGACACCUGCACAAGGACUUGCUCACCAAAGCGCGAGUGACAGUGGAAUUUGUACGAUAACUGGAUGAUGGAUAGCUGCACUGAGCCAGCUCGGGCCAUCAAGGCAAUUGACAAACAUUCAGUACAUCAAAUCUGCUCUGGUCAAGUUGUUCUGACUCUUGCCACAGCUGUAAAAGAGCUGGUAGAGAACAGCAUCGAUGCAGGUUCCACCAAUGUCGAGGUCAAACUGAAAGAAAACGGAGCAGAUUUGGUCGAGGUAUCGGACAAUGGCAGUGGAGUAGAGGAGGCAAAUUUCGAAGGCCUAACGUUGAAGCACCACACAUCCAAGCUGCGCGACUUCUCAGACCUCAUCCACGUGGAGACGUUUGGUUUCCGUGGGGAGGCCCUGAGCUCCCUCUGUGCUCUCAGUGACAUAAGCGUGGUGACGUGUCACAAAACUGCCCAGGUGGGCACACGGCUCGUGUUCGACAACAACGGUCGCCUGACCCAGCGAUCGCCCCAUCCCCGCCAGCAGGGCACCACCAUCAGCCUGCAGCAGCUCUUUUACACGCUACCCGUUCGACACAAAGAGUUCCAGCGCAACAUUAAAAAGGAGUAUUCCAAGACGAUGCAUGUGCUGCAGUCCUACUGCAUCAUCUCCACGGGGGUUCGUAUCACCUGCACUAACCAGGUGGGCCAGGGCAAGCGCAACACUGUGCUGUGCACCAGUGGAAGCAACAGCAUGAAGGACAACAUUGGAGCGGUGUUUGGACCCAAACAGGUACAGACCCUGAUUCCAUUUCAGCAGCACUCCCCGACUGACUCCGUGAAGGAGGACUAUGGGCUCAGUGGAACGGAGAUGCCCAAAGAACUUUUCACCAUCUCUGGUUUUAUAUCCAGAGGUGACCAUGGUGUGGGAAGGAGUUCAACAGAUAGGCAGUUUUUCUAUAUUAAUAAAAGACCCUGUGACCCCACAAAGGUCUCAAAGCUGGUAAAUGAAGUUUAUCAUAUGUACAACAGACAUCAGUAUCCGUUCGUUGCUUUAAAUAUCACCGUUGCUUCAGAAUGUGUGGAUGUGAAUGUCACACCAGACAAGCGCCAGAUCUUCCUCCAAGAAGAGAAGCUUUUGCUGGCUACCAUAAAGAGUUCACUGAUUGCAAUGUUUGAAACUGGUGUCAACAAGAUCAGCCUCGUCAGCCACCCUGCUCCCAGUGCAUGCAGAUUGGUUGAAUCAGCUUAUGUUGCUGGAAGCCACCAGACCACUGUCUCAGAGGAAAAAGAGGAUGCUCCUGAGAUUACUCUGUCCAGCCCAAAGUCAUCGUCUCUCAACUUAGCAGGGUUAAAAGCUGCCUUCUCCAAUCAGCAGUCUUCAGCCUCUACAGCAAAUAAGAGUAACACUAAAGAAAUGUGCAGUGGUCCAACUCAGAAGACCAUGCAGUCUUUUUUCAGCUGCCCGGAAAAGACUACCGCUUUCAAAACAUGCAAGACAUCCCCACUGAAAUACAGUCCAAAAGACACAUUCAAGUCCUCUUCUGAGAGGCGAUCUGUGCUUGAUGUCUACAAGUAUGACAAACAUUCAGAGAGCGAAGUGGAUUCUGGUAUGUCAGAUCAUUGUUCUACCACAGGAACACCAGACAGCCUGUGUUCCACUAAGUCGGAGUUAGACUCACCUGACAUCCGUAUUAAGACAGAGAUGGAUGAUGAGCGUGUGAAUGUAAACUGUGCUGUGUCGGAAAACAUGACACAGGAACCACAUCAUUCAGGUAGGUCCAGCCCAGAGGCGAAGAAGGCCAGACGAGAUGAGGACCUCUCCACAGGAAGCUCAGCUUUGGACUCCAGGAGCAUCACGUCCUCCACCACUGAUAUGCUGGAUGCCCCUACAAAAGUUCAGAAGAAAAGCAUGACGUUGCCAUUCAGCAUGAAGGAACUCUCCGGAAGAGUGCAAAGACUUCAAGAACGGAGGAAGGGGAGUGAAGAUGGAGAGCUACUUUACCGGCGCUUCAGGGCAAGGAUCAAUCCAGGGGAGAACCAGUCUGCGGAGAAUGAACUGCAGAAAGAGAUUAGCAAAGAGAUGUUUAAGAAGAUGGACAUCAUCGGGCAGUUCAAUCUUGGCUUCAUCAUCACCAAAUUGAAUGCUGACCUUUUCAUAGUGGACCAGCAUGCCACUGAUGAGAAGUACAACUUUGAGAUGUUGCAACAGCACACGGUGUUGCAAGGACAGAAACUCAUAGUACCGCAGAAUCUUCAACUUACCGCUGUCAGUGAAACAGUGCUCAUAGAUAACCUUGAAAUCUUCCGGAAAAAUGGCUUUGAGUUCCUGAUUGAUGAGGAUGGUAGGAGCACAAGACCACAUAACAUUUUUGUGUUUGUCUUUUCUUUGAUGUUCCCUGUGAAGCUAUUGUGUUGUUUUGUCAUGUUGUUUCCAGCACAAGUUAUGCAGAGGGUGAAACUGGUGUCCCUCCCCACCAGUAAGAACUGGACCUUUGGCCCAAAUGACAUAGAGGAGCUCAUCUUCAUGCUGAGUGACAGUCCAGGGGUGAUGUGCCGGCCUUCCCGGGUCAGGCAGAUGUUUGCUUCCAGAGCUUGCCGCAAGUCGGUAAUGAUUGGCACAGCUCUGAAUAUCAGUGAGAUGAAGAAGCUUGUGGGUCACAUGAGCGAGAUUGAGCAGCCAUGGAAUUGUCCUCAUGGGCGACCUACCAUGAGGCAUUUGGCAAAUCUGGACGUUAUUUCACCGGACUGAAACUUCCCAAAAUGCUAGUAUUGUUUGUUAAAACCCCUCAGACUGAAGUGCAUUUUAGCAUACUUUUGUGUAAAGGCCUUUCUGAACAAUGUGUUUAUAAAGUGCUGGUUUUAAUUAAAAGCUCUAUCCUAGAAAUGGUUUAAUAGUGGCAUGGCCCUAUAUUGUGCAGGAACGUUCUGUUUAAACGCGUUAGAUUUAUUCAAUGUACAUAUGUUAAAUAGCAAUUGUUUACCAUGACUGUAGUUUUGUACUUUUAAACUAAGUGUAAUAAAGACAUUUCAAAACA